GCUUCGGGAGCUCAGGCUAUGCCGCGGUUCCGCCGAGCCACGUGCCGUGGCCCCGGCGGCGGCCGGGCCGGCUCUCCCGGUAGCGAGGAGGAGACCGGCAGCGAGGUGCUGAGCCACGGCAGCAGCGCCAGCGAGGGGGGCAGCCCCGCCGAGGAGCACACAGGGAUCGAGGCGGCGGGGGAGAAAGGCCAGGAGGAAGAGGCGGAGGACAGGCUGAAGGAGCACAUGGACAACCUCCUGGACAAGAGCGCCAAGACGCGGCUGGCGGCACUGCGGAGCUUGCGCUUGGCCUUCUCCUCCAGAACCCUCUCCGAGUUCCUGCUGGAGCGGCGCCUCACGCUCACUGACUCGCUGGAGAAGUGCCUUAAGAAAGGUAAAGGGGAAGAACAGGCGCUGGCAGGCGCCGUCCUCGCCCUGCUCUGCCUCCAGAUGGGCUCUGGCCCGGAGGCAGAAGAGGUGUUUCGCAGCGUGAAGCCCCUGCUCGUCAGUGUCCUGACAGACAGCAUGGCCAGCCCUGGCGCCCGGCAGAGUUGUGCCACAGCCUUGGGCAUGUGCUGCUACAUUGCUGCUGCUGACCUCGAGGACUUGGUCUCCUGCCUGUCCUGCUUGGAGAGCAUCUUCAGCCCCCCCAGCACAUCUGAGGGGGGCUCAGCACCCUCCCAGCAUGGCCCUCUGCACUGCAGUGCACUCCAGUCAUGGUCUCUGCUCCUCACCAUCUGCCCCUCAUCCCACAUCAAGAGCAUCUUGGACAAUGCCUGGCUGAGGCUGCCACCGCUGCUGGCCAGCAGCAAUGUUGCGCUGCGCAUCCUGGCUGGGGAGACCGUCGCGCUGGUCUUCGAGCUGGCUCAGGACAUGGAGGUGGACUUGUGCCACCAGGAUACGGUGUUCCUGUGUGCCCAGCUCAGGGUCCUGGCUACUGAGAGCAACAAGUAUCGAGCCAAGAUGGACCGACGGAAGCAGCGCUCCAUCUUCCGGGACAUUCUGCACUUCAUUGAGAGCUGCGAGUACCAGGAGGAGACCAUCCGUUUUGGCCUGGAGUGCAUGUACCUGGACAGCUGGGCAUGCCAGCGCACCUACCAGGUCUUCAAAGAGGUGCUGUCCUCUGGCAUCUGCCACCAUCUCCAGAACAAUGAGCUGCUACGGGAGAUCUUUGGCCUUGGGCCCCCCUUGGUGCUGGAUGCAGCUGCUCUGAAAGCCAGCAAGGUCUCCCGCUUCAAGAAGCACCUUUACAACUCGGCUGCUUUCAAAGCGCGCACGAAAGCCCGGAGCCGGAUGCGGGACAAGCGGGCAGAUGUGCUGUGACGGGCAGAGGGGCAGAGCCCCAUACCUACAUGGACUGCAGACCCAGCACUGUGAGGGGCCGGUGCCCCCACCUUAUAUUCAUGUACAGCCAAGUAUUUAAUACCUGGAGCUGCCCCACCAGGGGCUGCCCCUCUUUUAUUUUUUUAAACCAAAGCAAAAAGAAGGAUGAAAGAAGAGCGGGGGGAGGUGGUGGCAUCUGCUGUGUGCCUGCUCUGGGGCUGGGGCUCUGUGUGCCAUGGUGCAGGGGUCCACAGGACUCCUGCAGCCCCUUUCAGUGAGCACAGCUCAUGUAUCCCCUCCCCAGUCUCAUGGACGCCUGGCACAGUGUGAAGGGCUGGGUGGGAGGGCAGAGCCAUGCAGGGCAGCUGGCAGCACAGUGCCUGUGCUGGUGGCCCGAGUGUUCCCCACUGCCAUGCUGGGCACAGCCUCUGCCUCCACAGCCAACCUGGCAUCCAGGUUGGUGGCGGAGCAGUCUGGGGCAUCAGACUCUGCCCAGUCCUGCCAGGCUCUGAGCCCUUUUCCAGCCAAGUGCUUUAUAUGAAAUAGUUCUCUUAUGGGAAAUGAAUUACAGGGGCAUGGCAUAGUGGGCAAGUCCUAGUGGUGCCUGUGCAGCCUCAAGGGCUGAUGCCCGCGUGGGCAAGGGGCUGUGCCAUCUGGGAGUGCCUUUUGCCUCAGGAAUGUAUUUGUGGUGGUGAUUUUCUAAGACUUUGAUUACAGGAGGUAAUUAAAAGGCUAAUUGGA